GGUUACCUGGUAAGCCUUGUUGAGGAUUCUCAGAGAGCGCGGACACCUCAUGAUGUUCCUAUCGUUCGCGAGUUCGUUGACGUUUUCCCAGACGAGCUUCCAGGAGGACCGCCCAACCGUCAGGUGGAGUUUUCCAUUGAUCUUAUUCUAGGGGCUGGUCCAGUGUCUAAAGCCCCAUAUCGCAUGGCGCCUAAAGAGUUACAGGAGCUUAAGACUCAGAUCCAGGAGCUCUUACGACUCGGUUUUAUCCGACCGAGUGUGUCACCGUGGGGAGCACCCGUUCUCUUUGUUAAGAAGAAGGACGGAUCUAUGCAAAUGUGUAUCGACUACCGGGAUCUCAACCGGUUGACGAUCAAGAAUAAGUACCCGCUUCCCAGGAUCGACGACUUAUUCGACCAGUUGAGGGGAGCCUGUGUAUUUUCGAAGAUCGAUUUACGGUCAGGCUACCACCAGCUGAAGAUUAAGGAGUCAGACAUCGCUAAGACCGCUUUCAGGACUCGUUACGGCCAUUACGAGUUUGUAGUCAUGCCUUUCGGUCUCAGCAAUGCGCCAGCAGUGUUCAUGGAUCUCAUGAACCGUAUCUUCCAUCCAUACCUCGAUCAGUUUGUUAUUGUCUUUAUUGACGAUAUCCUCAUCUACUCGAAGAGUCAGAAGGAGCAUGAGGAGCAUCUGAGGGUGGUUCUCGAAACCCUCAGACGAGAGAAGUUGUACGCCAAAUUCUCCAAAUGCGAGUUCUGGCUUCAGCGAGUUUCUUUUCUGGGUCAUGUUAUUACCCAGGCAGGCAUCGAGGUGGAUCUUUCAAAAGUUUCAGCUGUGCAGAACUGGUCGACACCGAGGAAUCCGUCCGAGGUUCGCUGUUUUCUCGGAUUAGCUGGCUACUAUCGCAGGUUUAUCGAGGGCUUCUCUAAGAUUGCCCUCCCACUUUCCCAGCUGACGAGGAAGACUGUGAAGUUCGAAUGGACUGACAGAUGUGAGGCGAGCUUCCAAGAGCUCAAGAGGAGAUUGACUACAGCACCGGUGUUGACUAUCCCAGAUCCUUCUCGGAGUUUCACUAUCUAUAGCGAUGCUUCGAGGCAGGGCUUGGGAUGUGUCCUUAUGCAGGACGGACAGGUCGUUGCGUAUGCUUCACGUCAGCUUAAGCCCCAUGAGCAGAACUAUCCUACGCACGACUUAGAGUUAGCCGCAGUCGUUCACGCCCUGAAGAUCUGGCGUCAUUACCUUUACGGCGGACGUUGCGAGAUAUUCACUGACCAUAAGAGCCUACAGUACAUCUUCACGCAAAAGGAGCUUAAUAUGAGGCAGCGCCGUUGGCUCGAAUUGGUCAAGGAUUAUGAUUGUUCCAUUCAGUACCAUCCGGGGAAGGCGAACGUCGUCGCUGAUGCCCUAAGCCGAAAGGUGACGGGAGACUUGACGUACGUCAUCACGCAGCAGAGUCCAUUGAUCCAUGA